UACCGCAUAAAACUAACCCUCUGGCUCCUCGACCCAACCGACCGCCCCAAAGAGCCCACAAAAGACGAAGACUACCUCCUGAGCCGAAGCACGCUAAUCAAAAAGAUCUGGCUCUCCGCCCGCGAAGCCAACGACGCCGCCUUCGACCUCGCCAAAGCCUGCCGCUCGGAAGGCGAAGUAGUCCUCCUCGUCGACCGGCGGGGCUUCGGCGAGAACGACAACGUGAACGAGUACGCGGUCGGGACGUGGGACUGGAAAGCAGAAGGUAUGCUGUGUGCGCCUGAUCGGUGGGACUUGAUGCUGGAGAUUCCGCAUCCGUUUUUCAAGCGCGGGACGCAGGGCGUUGUGUCGGGGGUGGUGCAGGUUUUGAAGGAGUUUCCUGAUGGGAGCUUUGGGCAUGGCGGGCCGGUUAAAAGUGCGCCGCCGAGGGGG